UUCCCCCAAAUCCUUCCCAAUUUUGACCUAUUGCCCCCCAUAUCCCCAUUCUGCAGCCCCCAGGACCUCUCCCAGGAGCUCAAAGCCUUCCUGACGGGCUCAGACCCCACUCUGGGCACCCCUUUGUCCCCCCCGGAUCACGCUCGCUGCGCCCUCCGCCUCCUCCGCCGCCUGCCAGCCGCCCGCCACGCCGUCCUGCAGCACUUGGCCGGGCUGUUUGACGACCACGUCUGCGCCCACCUCCGCCUGCGUUCCGAAAUCUCCUCCAACCCCCCUUCCAACCCCCUCCUCCUCCCCCCGGCCGCCCCGUCGGCUCUCACCGAGGUGAUCCACGAAACUCAGCGCCUCCUGUUGGCUUUCAUCAAAGCCAAACCCAACGCCUGGGCUCCUCUGUUGGCCGCCUGGGCCGUGGAGCUGCUGGGGCAGCUGAGCAGCAAAUAUUCGGGGCGGCACGGAGCGCGGGGGCUGAACGAGCUGCUGCAGCUGUGGAUGUCGUGCGAGGCCACGCGCACCCUGAUGGACAUUUACGCCCAGUGCCUGGCCGCCCUCAUCGCCUCGUGCCCCGACGCCUGCGUGGACGCCCUGCUGGACACCUCGGUGCAGCACUCGCCCCAUUUCGACUGGGUGGUGGCGCACAUCGGGGGCUCCUUCCCCGGCACCAUCAUCAGCCGAGUGCUGUCGUGCGGCCUGAAGGAUUUCUGCGCCCACGGGGACGCCGCGGUGGGGGGAGGCGGCGACAAACGCGUCCCCAAGCUGGCCUCGGUGGUGGGCAUCCUGGGCCACCUGGCUUCUCGCCACGGCGCCAGCAUCAAGCAGGAGCUGCUGCGGAUGUUCCACGAGGGUUUGGCGCCCGGGCAGCACAAAGGCACCGUUCCCUUCCUGCUGCAGCUCGCCCUCAUGUCUCCUCCUCUUCUGGGCACCGUGGCGGCCGAAUUGGUGGAGUCCCUCAAACCUUCGGUGCUCAACCAGCUCCACCAACGCUUCUCCCCUCUGCCCCGCGACGAGUUGGAUUCCACCGUCGCCCUCCUGGUGCGGCUCAUCUGCCAGACGUCGGCCGGGGCGUUCCGCACCCUGCAGUUCCUUCUGGACACGGCCAUGCCCGCCUCGGUCAUCACCCCUCCCGGCCUGGCUCUGCACGACGGCGUCCGCGAGGCCUGCGACCGCCUGGUGGCUCUGCUGCUGCUGCAGCUGCAGAAAUUGGUUCACAACCGUUCCGCUCCCAGCCUGGCCGACGGCCCUCAACGCUGCGUCCCUUUCCUGGAAGCGCUGAGGGGUCGCGUGGCCGAGCUGUGCGCCGAGACGCUGCGCUUGGAGAGGAAGCGUUACCUGUGGCAGCACCAGCUGCUGGGGCUGCUGGCCGUUUACGCCGCCCCGCACGGAGCUCCGGAGGCCAUGUUCCACCUGCUGGCCUUGGCCAAGGGGCAGGACGAGCUGGCUUUGGCCACGCAGCUGCACGCCGUUCUGUCCGCCAGCCUGGCCGACCUCCCCGCCGCCACCGCCGCGCUCUGCGUGCGCCACAUCCACGCCGGGGCUCUGCCAGCCCCGCGGCUCACGCAGCUCCUGCACAACCUGGCUUUGGUGGCCGCUAACGAGGACGCUAACGAGCCCGCUUCGUUAGGGACGCAAUUAGCGCCGGCGCUGGCGUCGCACCUCCCCGAGCUGGCGCAGCUCCUCCUGCACCCCGUGCCGGAUACGGCCGAAGCUGCGGCGCUGCUGCUCUGCUCCCUGCCGGCCCCGCGUUGCCUGCGGCCGGCUCAGCUCCACGCGGGGCUCCGUGCCGCCGUGCACCACUUCUUCCUGGCUCUGCGCCGCGCCGGCGCCGAUGGCGGAGCCGGGCUGUGCCACGCGGCGCGGCUGCUGGAGAAGCUGAGCGCCGUCACGCCGAGCGCCGGCAAAGCCGCCCUGCAGCUGCUGGUGGAGGGAGCUCUGCGCGGGGGCAACGCCGAGCUGUUCGGUGGCGCGGCGAGCGACGACGGCGACGGCGGCGGCAAAGACGGCGCGGCCGCGUCGCUGCUGGACACCAACCGGCGCUUCACCGCCGCCGUGGAUUUCUCAGCCGGAGUCUGGUCGGUUUUCCACGCCGGGGUCAUCGGGCACGGCUUGAAGGCUCCUUCGGGGCCGCCGCCGAGGGGCCAGGAGGAGGUGAACCGUAACAGCCAGGCCUUCCUCAACGUCCUCCUGCGCUGCUGCCGCGCCGCCGAGCCGGCUCCGCCUCCCCUGCCCUCCAUCGGCCCCGAGGCGGCCAAAACGGUGGCUUCGGCUCUGGUGGACAGCGUGUGCCCGGCGGCGGCGGCGGCGGCGGGGGGGGAGCUGUGUUGGCCUCCGGAGGAGCAGGCCAGGAGCACCGUGGAGCGCGACCUCGGCAUCCUGCGCCGCUUCCGCCAGCAGCCGUUGCUUUUCCCGUUGCUGCGGGUGGUGGCCAUGGGUCGCCCGGCUCUGUGCUACUGCUCCGUGUUGCUGCGGGGGCUGCUGGCCACCCUGAUGGCUCACUGGGACGCGUGUCGGCACGGGGACACCACCGCCUCGCCGUGGCACCUGCAGGCCUCCUGCGCCUUGGUGGCCUGCAUGGCCGAGGGCUCCCUGCUGCCUCCGGUGCUGGGGGAGGUGCAGGAGCUUUUCCCCCGCCUGGCGCCCUUCGAGGUCAGGCUGUUGCUGCUGAGCGUUUGGGAGUAUCUGAGGGAGCACAGCCCGCUGCCGCAGCGCUUCAGCUUCCAGCCCCACAGGGGGCUUUUCCAGCGUGAUUUCGCUCGCGAAGGAGAUCCGGCCAAGUAUUUGGUGGCUUUGCACAGCGUGCUGCAUCGCAACGUCGACCGCCUCGGGCUGCUGGCUGGGAGGUUCCGGUCCUAAAGGAGGGAGAGCGGGAUGCUGGAGGUGCCCGCGGGGGUGUGGGGG